AUGUGUGACCAGCAGAAGCAGCCACAGUUCCUUCCAUCUUGUGUGAAGGGUUCUGGUCUGGGAUCUGGACUGGGAGUGGGGCAAGGUAGUAAUGGUGCCUCUGGGAAAGGCCAGGUUUCAGGCCAGAUGCAAACUUUUGGUGCUCCAGGGCCUGCUCUCUGCCAGCCUCAAACCAUUGUGAGAUACUCAGUUCCAGUUCCUGCUCAAACUUAUGUGAAAUACCAAGUUCCAUGUCAGACCAAAACCUACGUGAAAUGCCCAACUCCCUGCCAGACAUACGUGAAGUGCCCAGCCCCGUGCCAGACGACCUAUGUAAAAUGUCCAGCCCCAUGCCAGACGACGUAUGUGAAAUGCCCAGCCCCAUGCCAGACGACGUAUGUGAAAUGCCCAGCCCCAUGCCAGACGACCUCUGUCAAAUGUCCAGCUCCCUGCCAGGCUCAGACGUAUUAUGUCCAGUAUCAGGUUCCUUCCCAAACCUACUAUACUCAGGCUUCUUCGAGUGGCUCAGGAUCUCAGGGAUGUGCUCCUGACCCGUGCUCUGCCCCCUGUUCCACCAGCUACUGCUGUUUGGCUCCCCGGACCUUCGGGGUGAGUCCUCUGAGACGUUGGGUCCAGAGGCCCCAAGGAUGGAACACAGGAUCUUCUGGCUGCUGUGAGGAUUCUGGAUGCUGCAGCUCUGGAGGCUGUGGAGGCUGUGGCUCUGGAGGCUGCGGCUCUGGAGGCUGCGGAGGCUGCGGAGGCUGUGGAGGCUGUGGCAGCAGCUGUGGCUCUGGGUGCUGCUGUUUGGGAAUUAUUCCCAUGAGGUCCAGAGGUCCUGCAUGCUGUGAUAAUGAGGAUGACUGCUGCUGUUAA